AUGGCCUCGGCGUUCGAGCCCUCCCUCUCAGCGAGCCUCAGCCGGCAGCCGCCCAUGUCGGCGACGGCGCCGUCCAUGGCCGACACGCUGCCGGACAUCAACUUCGGGUUCGACGAGCUGCGGGAGCGCAUGGCCAAGUUCACGGCCAAGUUCGACGCCUUCAUCGAGACGGGGCGCAAGCGGGUGCUGGCGGAGCGCAACCAGUUCCGGAUGAGCGUGGCCGAGCUGGCCGAGGACCAGCGCAUGCGGCGCAAGGACAUGGAGAUCGUCGCGCUCAAGACGGCCAACCACCAGCAGACGGUCGCCAAGGAGGCCCAGGAGGCCCGCGAGAUGCAGCAGGCCAUCGCCGCCCUCGACGCCCAGCGCGACGCCCACGCCGCCCGCCGCGACGCCCUCAAGGCCCAGAUCGCCGACGCCCAGCGCGACAUCGACGCCCGCGCCGCCGCCCAGCGCGCCCACGCCGCCUACCUCGAGACCCAGGCCCGCUUCAACGUGCCCGAGCUCGACUUCUGGAUCUCCAACCUGUGCCUCAAGAUCGAGGGCGCCGGCCAGACCGACCGCCUCAAAUUUGUGUACUCGCACAUCGACGAGAAGGACUGGGAGAGGGAGGCCUGGUUCGAGUUAUGCACGAGUAGUAGGGACUACGAUGUGCGGCAUUGCCGGCCGAAACUCGAGAGGGAGAAGGUCGAAAGGGUGCUGGAGCGGGUGAACGAGAGCAGAGAGUUGGCGGUGUUAUUAAGAGGGAUGCGGGAGCUGUUUGUGGAGGCGAUAAAGGCUUGA